AUGAGACUCAAGACUAUAGGACGUCAAAGCUUUGUACAAUGUGGACUGGCUUAUGUGGAACUCGGCGCUAUCAUUUCCGGUUAUUUUGAGUACCCCUAUGGUAUUAUCGAUGAGCGGGUUUAUAGAGCGGUGAGGGACAUGAUGUUUGUGAAGGAUGCGAAGUAUAAUACGUCUCCAAGGGAUGUGAAAUCACAAAUGCAAAUGACGCAAACCAGAAUGCGAAGAUGCCACUGGAUUGUGGGAUGUCUUCUGCAACAUGCGGGCGCAGACACCACACGGCUCGCACAAUUUUGCAUUAAGGAAUUGGAGUAUAACCCUCGGUCGUGCACCCAGUACCCGCUCCUUCAAUGUCUCGCACCCCAGGUACGGGUCUUCUGCACCGAAAAAGAUACCCCGGAACGCUUAAGCAUCUUGGAGGCCAUUCUCGCAAAACUGCCGGUCGUAUCGGCGAAAGAAUACGCACAACUAACUCAGGAUCAACUUAACGAUGACAUGCGGCAAACAGCCGCCCUAGAGCCUUUGAUUCAAAAAGAUUGGGAUAAAGCUUCGGCGGAAUGUGAGCCGGCGGAGGUGGACUUUACGGCAGGGGUGGGGUCAGAACAGCAUCAAGGCCAUCGGUACCCAACAUGUAGUAGGGGAGUGGUUGACCAGAACCCGUUGUCGAGGAAGAGACAGAUUCCGCAGGAAUGUUCUCACCUGACGAAAAAAAAGGGGACUGAAGGCGGGUCCGGGUCGAUCUUCGGCGAAGUUGACCAGUGUGUGUCUGGUGCUUGGACGCAGCCGGCCGCCGUUCUACCGGCGGCUGACGUACCCGUGGUCGCCGUGUCAAUAGCUGGCAACGUCUCACAUCCCGGCUGCGUUCUGCCCCGUGAUCGAGUCGCUACGCAAUUCUUUUAUGAAAUGAGUCAACAGCCAAGUACGUCUCCAGCUAUUCAACAGCUGGAACGGCUCGUUAAUCACGACCAAGGAUCUGUAGUGGAUGACGCGUUCGUGAAUGCCUUCGCCGAGGCGGUGUGGAAGGAAUAUGGACCACUGUUGUCGCCUCCCAUGGACCAUUUGAUGGCUGAUGUGAACGACCUCCCGUACGAGCCGGCUUGCAAGUCACCCUGGGCCUAG